AUGUUAAACUGUCCGGCCAAUUUGACAGCAAUGGACGCUAAACCGAGCGGAGCCAGAGGAGGCAGUUGGAAAAGAGGCGGCCGAGGUGGAAGCAACAGCGACAGCGGUGAACACCGGGGCAGAGGGAGAGGAGGCCACCACCGCGGCCGGGGUAAAAGAGACCACUACCGCGGCCGUGGACGCGGGGGAAGCGGCCACUCAGCGGAGUUCCAACACCGGGACCAAGAUGAGGGGGACAACCUUCAGGAGGAAGGCGACAGGCCGGAGGUUUUCUCCAGGAGGAAACUGGGAUCAAACUGGGAGCGUUACGAGGCCUCAGAGAGGCCGGAGCCUGACGAUGACACGCCCGCUCAGAGAGGAAUAGACUACCACCUCCUGCUGGAGGCCGCAGGGGAUUCCUUCACUCAAUUCCGGUUUUCAGAAGAAAAGGACUGGGAGAUGGACUCAUCUUCAGCCAGUCAGAUGUCUGCAGUGUUUGUGGACCUCCCAGCGCUCGCCCAGAUUCUUCAGCAAGUGCCUCUCCAUCAGAGACUCAACCUGGAGGCUGAGCUGCUUCAGGUGUCGACACCUUUAGAACUGCCCACUCUGACCCUCGCACCUAAACAGGAGAUGGGCAAAGCGGCCACAUUUACUCCUCCGUCUGCAGCUUUAAAAACCGUCAGCACCGUCCAGACAGUCCCCGUGGCUACAAACCCACCGGUUUCCUCGAGUGCUGCAGAGCCUCCGGUGGUGGAUGAUGAUGGUGGUGAUGAGGAGCUGGACCAGCUGCUCAGUUUACAGAAACCAGUCUGGGAUGUGUCAGGAAGUCAACCUGUCAGUGUCGCAGAUGAGGAGAGUGCGGUUCUAGAGAAAGCGUGUGAGCAAGUGAAGGAGAUGAAGUCUGUGUUGAUAGAGGAGAAAAUGGACGAGCUGAAAGACAAAUAUGUCACACCUCCCAAGUCUGCUUCCGCCAGGCAGGAAAUGACAGAAGAAGACCUGGAGGACUGGCUCGACAGCAUGAUCUCCUGACCACCAAGG